AUGGAAACUGACAUUCCUGCAGACAAGAAGGCCACUUCUCUGUUAAAACUUAUAUACCUCGAGAUGUUCGGAUACGACAUGUCCUGGGCCUCCUUCCAUGUCCUGGAGGUCAUGUCUUCGCCAAAAUUCCAUCAGAAGCGUGUGGGAUACCUUGGAGCUGUGCAGAGUUUCCGCGUUGAUACCGAAGUCCUCAUGCUGGCUACCAAUCUUUUGAAGAAGGAUAUUGUAUCUGCUCAGGUCCCCACAAUGUCCCUGCCUCUCAUCACACUUCCGCAUAUAAUUUCGCCCUCCCUCGCUCUGUCACUGCUUUCAGACCUGAUACCUCGCUUGGCACACUCACAUGCAGUAGUCAGAAAGAAGACUGUGGUAAAUCUCUACCGACUAUCAUUAGUAUAUCCAGAGGCAUUCCGCAUAGCCUGGCCAAGAAUUAAAGAAAGAUUGAUGGAUACAGAGGAAGACGGUAGUGUUACAGCUGCUGUCAUAAAUGUCGUCUGUGAACUAGGCUGGAGGAGACCACAGGAUUUCCUCCCCCUGGCACCACGUUUAUUUGAACUACUCGUUGACGGAGGGAAUAACUGGAUGGCCAUAAAGAUAAUCAAGCUCUUUGCCUCAUUGACUCCGUUGGAGCCAAGACUCGUUAAGAAGCUCAUACGGCCUCUAACUAACAUCAUACAAACCACUUCGGCCAUGUCUCUAUUAUAUGAAUGCAUCAACGGUAUCAUCCAGGGCGGCAUUCUUGAUGGAGUAGAGGGUAUCCGUGAAGGGGAAGCCAUUGCACAGCUAUGUGUAGACAAGCUCCGAGGCAUGCUUGUGCUAGAAGAGGACCCCAACUUGAAAUACGUUGCUCUCCUCGCAUUCAACAGGAUCGUGACAACUCAUCCCACGCUGGUUUCAGCACAUCAGGAUGUGAUAAUGGGUUGUCUUGAUGAUAACGACAUAUCAAUCAGACUACAGGCCCUUGAGUUGGUUUCAGGGAUGGUGGCAAGUGACUCGCUACAGUCCGUAGUCAACCAUCUUAUUACCCAGCUACAGACAUCCUCUGCCGUUUCAGACGGCCCUACUGCCACUACAUCUCUACUAGCACACAUUGCCCCAGCUGCAGACCAGGAUGAUGAAGACCCGGAAUCGCACCUGGAACUCGCUAGACAGGAUAGAAUGUCUCCGCCUCCACUUCCGAACGAGUAUCGACUAGAAGUUCUCCACCGGAUUUUAGACAUCUGCUCGCGGGAUACGUAUUCCAACCUUACCGAUUUCGAGUGGUACGUCGACGUCCUAGUGCAGCUAGUCCGGCUAAUUCCACCGGCCAGUGCUUCCAAAACAAACGAUGAGCACUCCUCCAAGGACGCCCAUGAUCAAAGAACAGAUAUAUCCAAUCGGAUUGGCUCUGAGUUGCGCAAUGUGGCGGUGAGAGUCAAGAGUGUACGGCCCGAAGCCACUCGCGCAGCGGAAACACUGGUACUUAUCGAUAACCGAGCCGCUCUGUUUCCCUCAUCUGGUACUUCAAGCACAAACCUGUUAGAGCCGAUCGCUUGGAUAGCGAUUCCCAAAGUUUUUGUCCAUCUCACGUCUCAAUUCUAUGAUUGGGACAUAAACAGACAGGGAGAGGUGUCACUGUUGUUAGCACGGAUUACCGAUUUCUUGGAGAAACUUUCCUCUCACCCAGAGUUGGACGUGCAGGAACGAGCCAUCGAGUUUUUAGAACUAUUGCGCUUGACAAAAGAGGCGGUAUCAACGUCAGAUGUCGAAUCAGGGAAUGUACCGCUUCUUGUUUCCUCCGCUAUACCAAGUUUAUUCACUGGUCUGGACCUUAACCCCGUGGCAAUUGGAGCGCAGAAGAAAGUCCCAAUUCCAAGUGAUCUUGACCUAGAUCAACCGAUAAAUCCGCGGUAUAUCCAUAUACAGCGUGAGUCAAGCAAUGGUUGGUUUGAUUCCUUCAGCCACGAUGAAUGCUAUCAAUUCUACCACAUACCGGACUCAACAUCUUAUGUUACCAAACCGCAUAAGGAGAUCCUAUCACCCACCCCUAUCCAACCAUCUUCAUACCAAAAUGUCUCCGAAGGGCUGUUGUCUGAACCUGCCGAUGCUGUCGCCAAAAGGCGCAUGGCAAGGAGAGAACGCAACAAGGAUGAUCCAUUCUAUAUUGGUUCCGGACAAGGCGAAGGGGAGUCUUCUGAUCCAGCUACACCGUUUAACCAGGCUUUACGUGGUGCCAACGAAGAAGACUUGGAUCUCGACUCUAUUCCCAUCAUUGACCUAGCUAUUGGUCAACAAAACCCGGAGAAAUCAGAUAACCAAAAGGCACGGAAACCAAAACGCAAAGUGAAGCCUAAGAAAGUGGAAAUCAUAGGGGAUGAAACUCUUGAAUUCGACAAUCCCACAGCUUCCUCACCCACCGUCCGGCCUGUUACUGCAUCAAUGGGACCAGGAGUAGCGAGAGCCAAGAAGUCGUUACUGGAAGUUGACUCAAGCGGAUUAGGACAGCUGUCUCUUGAGGAAGAUAGCGGCCUGACUGCUGGUAUCGGCGAUAUAGCGAGAAAAGAAGCCGAGGACGCAGAAAUGAUGAAGGCAAUGGCGGAAAUCCAGAGAUUACGACUAGAAAUGCAACGGGAAGCAGAAGCAAUCCACGGAAGCAAAGAAGUCCCUGCUGAAGGCAAGAUGAUUAAGAGGAAAAAGAAGAACGUCGUAUCUUCUAAGAAGACGAAGUCUAGCAAGGAAGCAGAGAGGGAAUCCUCCCAGCCUCAGGAGAAAGCUGCAGACGACGAAGGCGGAACUCCUGUGGUGAAGAAAAAGAAGAAGAAGAAAGUAGUGGUAUCUAAAAAGGCAGAGCCCGUGCAAACGGAAGGUCAGGAAUAG